AUGGCAGCCACGCUUGCCCCUUUGUCAAAUCAAUCGACACUGCUGUCCGGACAACGAAUUGCUUAUGGGAAACACGGUCAGGGAACUCCGGUAAUCUUAGUGCAUGGAACACCUACAGCAUCUCUCAUCUGGCGGAACGUCGUGCCGUCGCUCGUGCAUGCUGGAUUCGAGGUGUACACUUUCGAUCUGCUCGGCUACGGCCUGUCCGAGCGCCCAAGAGACCCUUCCGUGGACACUUCAAUCACCGCGCAAGUCUCCGUCCUGGAAGGCUUGCUGAAAAACUGGGAACUUGAGCAGAAGAAGUUUCAUAUUCGGUUCGCAAUCCUUUCCCCUGGGCGUGCGAACAUUGUAUCCAUCGCCAUGAUCGAUUGCGUUAGUUUCGACAGCUACCCCUCAGCACUCACUCUACAGAUGAUGCAACGAGGAUUUGAGAGUCUCCUGCGGGCAUCAGAUCAAGACCAUAGGGCACAUUUCCGAGAAUGGCUACUAUCUGCAGUACACAACAAGGCCGAAUUCGAACAAGGAGCUCUCGGGGCGUAUAUCGACUACAUAUCUGGUCCUAUCGGCCAGCCUAGCUUAGUGCAGCAUCAGAUCAAACACUACGAUCCCAAGCACACACUAGAGGUUUCUGAGCGCUACCACGAAUUGGCGCAGUUCCCGAUAAAGCUGAUUUGGGGAGAGCACGACGCCUGGCAGAAAUUACCAUGGGCUUAUCGUCUGCAGAGUGCGAUUCCCGGAGCAAGUUUAGAUGUUGUGCCAGAGGCCGGGCACUUCAGCAUUGAGGAUCGCCCCGAGGAAAUCAACACAAUUCUCAAGACACACUUCCAAAGCCUGGAACUUAGAUCGUAG